AUGCCAGGAACAUUCUACCGAUGGUCUGAAGACCAGACGCGGGCGCUUCUGAAUUGCUUGGAUAUGCAAAAACUAUUGAAGAAGCGAAGGAAACCAGCUGAUGGAGGAGCUGAAGAAGUAGACGUCUUAGACGGUCUCAUGGCUGAAGUUCUAGAGGAGUUGAAGAUCCCUGAUGCAUAUGGCUGUUGGAGACCCAGAAGUACCAAACGACACAUCAUGACUGGAGAUAGACCAACUGCACCUCUCCCUAUCAGAGGCACUACUGCCACACUCACCAAAGCUGUUUGGGUGAGGCAGCUCCAGAAGGACGACAAUGGCGGCUUCAAGUUCGUCAGCAAUGCUUUCCAGAUUGACCCUGCACCUUCAAACAUUGUGCACUUGACAUAUUUUCAUCCCAGCCAUAUCAUUGCCAUUCCGCUUUUUGUCUUGGCCACAUUUAACACCCUCCCCCAAAGACCAGCUGCUGACAAACCGAACUGUUGA